AUGAGUGCUGAGGUUUAUCCUGCCAAACUUGCUGUGUCCCAGCGUGAUGCAGGAGGAGACUUUGGUUUCUUUUGUGUGAGAGAUACUGAAAACAUUAUCCGCAUGAUUGCCGUUCAGAAAUUUGUGCCAAGGGUGCGCUUCAUCUUGUUGCUCCUGAGAGCGGAGAACCGGAAGCUCCUCACAGAGGCUCACAUGGACGGGAAUGUGACCACGGUUGCUUUCGAUCAGUUCAAGCUGGAGAUGGCUGGAAAGUCCUGCAUGGUACAUGGCUCUGGACCCUUGCUGAGCAACCUUUGUAAAUCCAUCGCCAUCGAUGAAGAUGACGAGGAUGACGAGGAUGGCGAGGCGGAACACAAGCCGCAAUGGAAGAAGGACUUCGAGCGUGGCUGUGGACUGGAAGUCUAUGAGGUGGAGCUGAGCCCUGUCUAUGCUCAAAGAGAUGCAACCUUCAUUGAGGUGGUGGUAGACAUCAUUGAGCAGACGGGUGGUCUGGUCUAUCUGGUGGGCCUGGUGGAGUCGCGCACCGACAACAAGAAAGUCAUCAUCAACCCGGGUCCGACCUUCAAGAUCAAGCAGGCCAUGCCCGGGUUCAAGAUCAUGGGAAUUUUCUUGGCCUCAGACCGUGAGGCCAUCAUGCAGUGCGACGUGGGCAUGGUCUUCCUCGGGCGUCGGGAACGAAUCUCCAUGGAUGACGGCGACGCUGAUCGAGAAGAUGAAGUAGGUGAAGCAGUGCAGAAGCUCAAAGCCAAGGAAGACGAGGUCCCUGAGAUGAAUCACGUGAGCCUUAAAGCUGAGCACAAGGCUGCCGCGGUCCACUUGGCCAAAGUUGCCAGGAGGCACCAACGGUCGUUAAAGCCUUUGAGACCGCCACUGAAACGCUUGGCGGUGGGCGGCCACAUCAUCAUUCUGGCCGUAGGCACUGAAAAGACCGAGGACCUUCGCUUGGGCAUCGAGCACUUCGUGAAGCCUUUGCGACAGAACGUCAUCGCAGAUGAGGUGAUCCCUGUGGUGGUGGUCUCGGCCAUCCAGCCUCGAGAUUGGUACAAUGUGGAGAAUUGCGAUCAGGUCUACUUCUUGCAGGGUUCACCCACCUCUUUGCUGGAUUUGCAGCGUGCCAAUUUCACAGGUGCUUCAGCCAUUUUCAUCACGAACGUGGGCGCGCAUGCCGACAGCGAGAAGCAGGACGGGAGAGGCGUUGAAGCUGUUGUGGAUGGAGGGGGUGGUCUCAAUCGCACGGAGUUCGAGUUCCUUUUGCCUUAUGAUGCCUUAUGA